AUGGGUGGAACCGGAAAAGUACUGUUAAGCCUCUCUCUGGCUUCACCUUCAACAACCCGAUUCUCUUUGUCUCUUCUAUGUUCGAAGAAAAGCUUAUCCAUUCACAAACCCAUCUUUCCAUUCCUAAAACCACCGGCCAGCAGGGUUUUAGUUGGGUUUAGGCCCCUUUGUUCAAUCACAACGAUUUCACCAACUAAAUCAGAAGAAUCUCUUGAACCCAUUAAGCAUUCGGUCUUAUUAGAAAGGCUUCGAGUCAGACACCUUAAGGAUUCUGCCAAAAAACCACCCGCCCCAUUAGUACAAUCCAGGAAAGGAAAAGCUCAGUCUUUGGGGGUUAAGAGUGAAAAUGAUGAAGGGUCGAGGAAAGGUAAGAGGAAGAGUGAGGCAAUGGCGUCUAGUUUUGAGGAGUUGGGAGUGACUGAAGAGGUUAUUGGGGCGCUGAAGGAGAUGAAUAUUUCUGUGCCAACUGAGAUUCAGUGCAUUGGGAUUCCUGCUGUGCUUGAAGGGCAAAGUGUGGUGUUGGGUUCUCACACUGGGUCUGGCAAGACUCUUGCUUAUAUGUUGCCUCUUGUUCAGUUGUUGAGACAAGACGAGGCAUUGAAUGGAAUUCUUAUGAAGCCAAGGCGUCCCCGAGCUGUUGUACUUUGCCCUACGAGGGAACUCUGUGAGCAGGUGUUUCGGGUGGCAAAGUCCAUUAGUCACCAUGCACGGUUCAGAUCUACCAUGAUAAGUGGUGGUGGGCGUUUAAGACCACAGGAAGAUUGUUUGAACUCCCCAAUUGACUUGGUGGUAGGAACUCCUGGUAGGGUUCUACAACAUAUUGAGGAUGGAAACAUGGUUUAUGGUGACAUCAGAUACUUGGUGUUGGAUGAAGCAGAUACCAUGUUUGAUCGUGGCUUUGGCCCUGAUAUUCGCAAGUUUCUUGGUCCGCUCAGGAACCGUGCAGCUAAACCAGAUGGGGAACCAUUUCAAACUGUUCUGGUUUCUGCAACAAUGACAAAGGCGGUGCAAAAAUUAGUCGAUGAGGAAUUUCAAGGCAUUGUACACCUUCGUACUUCAACACUACAUAAGAAGAUUGCUACUGCUCGGCAUGACUUCAUCAAACUAGCAGGUUCAGAAAACAAGCUGGAGGUAUUGCUUCAGGUACUAGAGCCAAGUUUAGCUAAGGGAAACAGAGUCAUGGUAUUCUGCAACACUUUGAACUCUAGUCGUGCUGUGGAUUAUUUUCUAAAUGACAACCAAAUCUCUACUGUGAAUUACCAUGGAGAGGUUCCCGCUGAGCAAAGGGUUGAGAACCUGGAGAAGUUUAAGAGUGAAGAUGGAGAUUGUCCUACAUUGGUUUGCACUGAUUUGGCAGCUAGGGGGCUUGACCUGGAUGUGGAUCAUGUUGUCAUGUUUGAUUUUCCCUUGUCAUCAAUUGACUACCUCCAUCGCACUGGAAGAACUGCUCGUAUGGGUGCAAAAGGGAAGGUAACGAGUUUGGUCGCCAAAAAAGACCAACUUUUGGCUAGUCGCAUUGAAGAGGCCAUUAUGAAAAAUGAGAGCUUAGAGUCUCUCUCUGUAGAUAGUGUAAAAAGGGAUAAGGCCAGAGCAAACAUUGCUGAGCAGAAGGGAAAGGCAGUAAAGCUGUUCAAGGUUUCAAAACUUAAGAGCAACUCUAAGACAACAUCAGCGAAAUCAUCCAGUGAUGUUAGCAAGCCUAAUUCCACGAAAAGGACAUCCCGGACAAAUCCCACCAAGAGAACUGUAAAGGUGGUUUCUAAAGUUUCUAAGAAGCCAUCAACAACAAGCAGCACAAAAGCGAAGCCACGUGUAAAGGUUGCUGCCAAGAAACAGUCGAAGACCCAGGGCUCGGCUGUAUCAAGAUCAGCUACAAAACUAAAUGUUGUCGGAUUUAGGGGCCGCAGUUCUUUGACUAAUUAA